AUGUUAUCAAACAUGCUUAAAUUCUCCUCGAGUAAGGGGUUAUUACCAUUCUCUAAUUUAAUUUUGAAAAAUUUAUUUUCUACCACAAACAAGAGAUUGAUCUUGCAAAUGGAUGACUCCUUAGAUAUAUCCAUCAAUUCAAACGUAAGUAAGUUAACUAAAGAACAAUUGAAACGCAGGGAAUUGAAACGUAAAGUGAAACAAAAGAUUAAAGCCAGAUUACCUGCACAUGCCGACCCAUUAUAUGUGACUAUUCCCAAUGCCUUAAGAAUCAUUAGAGCAUUGGAAGUAGGUCAACCAGAAUCUCAACAGACUAUCUCUAUCACAAUACAAGUGAUUAAUGAAAAGGGUGUGACUCCAUUGAAUGGCGAUAUCCAAUUGCCUCAUCCCUUAAAGGCUUCUAGAAUCAUUGCUUUUAGUAAUGACUCUGAAAAAUUGCAAAAAGUAUCGUCUUUAUGUAUGGCGACAGGUGGACAAGAUUUAAUAGAUAAGAUAGUUAAUGGAGAUUUACCGGUCACUGAGAUUGAUAAAUCCUUUGCCACAUCAGAUAUUUUGCCUAAAUUGAAUCAACAACUAGGUAAAUUGCUGGGUAGACGUGGGGUCUUACCUAACGUUAAAAAGGGCACUGUAGCCGAAGAUUUAUUACAAUUGAUUCAAAAUAAUGUUAGUAAAAUACCAUUUAAACAGCAUGGUACUGAGACAGCAUCCAUUAACAUUAGUGUUGGCAAAUGUUCAAUGUCAGAUCAACAGAUUUUGGAAAAUAUUAUUGCAGCUAGAAAUGCAGUGAUGGAUGCAGCUAAAAUACAAAAGGAUAAAGCUGCAAAGAAACAUCAGGUUAGUAUCUUAGGGCGAACCACUUUAACUAGUACACAUGGUCCUGGAUUGGUCAUUGAUUUUGUUUAA